AGGAGACAACACCAUGUGUGUGAGGAACUCCAGGCCAUGUCACAGAAGCCAAGCGUUAUUCUCUGGACAGCUGGGGGUACCUCAGAGGAGGAAGGGAGUGAUGUCAGCCUUGUGCUUUCUGGAGACCACUGUGGGGCCCCCAUGGCAGGCCAUGGGAGUGAGGCUAUUACGUUGGUCAGAGUCAAGCUAGAGAUGUGGGCACAGUGGGCAAUGUUGGGAAGAAACUGGUCAGACUGCCUGGCCAGUGUGGAAAGGAGGCUUGGGGAGCUGCUAAGCCCCACAGGGCUAACUUGGCUCCAGGUCCCUGGAGUCAUCCAGUGGAGACAUCGCAAAGCCCUUGGCAAGCUCUAACCUCAAGGGAAAGGUCUGGCAUGUGGCCCUGGUGUGGGUGCUGUCAGCAUGUAGGGUAAGCCCCCCGCACAGGUGGAGGAAGAAGAGGCCAAGGACUGAGUGUGAGGCCCCUCCCCAGCAGGGCCCCAGCCCAGCAGCAGCGGCUCCCACACAGCCCUACCCUGGGGCCUGGCAGACCUGGGACAGUUCUGCUUUCCAUCCUCUCUCAGGCACUAUUUUGUCACUUGCCUUUCAUUCUUUUCCCUCACCUCUUUCCUUCCCCUCUUCAUGAUCUGCUUUCCUGCUCUGUCUCGUGCCCAAAGCCCCCUUCGCCCCCGGUUGAUUUUGCGGUUUCUCGUCUGCGGCAUCUUCUUUGGCAGCCUCUGUCUCCAGAGAGGCACUGGGCAGCAAAAGGUGGUCAGAGCCCUCAGGUAAAUGGUCUACAGGAGCCAGCCCUGCACGCUGCGGGAGGGCAGGCAGGGGCACCAGCUGGGCCUCCCUGGGACCGGGAUUUGUUCUCCCUUUUCUCAUACAUGGCAGGGAGUUAAGGGGUCAGGGGCCAUGGGAGCAGCCCAGCUGCCCUGUUUGGCCCUCCGCAUGUUUGGGGCCUUGGAACAAAUGCCAAGUGCCCUUUGCCAGCUUGCCCAUGGGACCCAUGGGGAUGGAGGCUGCAGGCCAGCCCAGGGGACAGCCACAAGUGGGGAUUCCCGUAUUCCUCAGAACAGCGAGGGCCUGAGGAAGACUAGAGGGGUCACCUCUGGCCUCCCCCAUAAAAGGACGGAGAGGUGGUUAGAGGCAAGGACAGCAGCAGAGAAGCCUGUGGAGUUCUCAAGUCCACAGAAGUGUGUAGGUGACCAAGAACGGAUAGGACCGCCUUCUCCCAUCCCACAGAACGGUCUCCACGCACCGAGGCGGCCACACUGCAACCUCUCCUCCAGGACAUCCUCCACACCCUUCCAGCUCUGACUCAGGCAGCAGCCAUACUUGGUGACCCAGCGGAGGCCACACCAGCCCCAGUUCACUGCGGCAGGACCAAGGUGUUCAUGACUGACUCCAUGCUGGAGCUUCUGGAACACGGACGUGCCCAGGUGCUGGAGCAGUGUGCCCGCCGCAUCCAGGGCAGCUGGAGGCGACACUGGCAUCGCAAGCGGGAGAGGCAGAGGCGGGCGGCUGUGCUCAUCCAGGCAGCCAUCCGUUCCUGGUUAGCUCGGAGACAUGUGCGGAGGCUGCACGCAGCUGCCACGGUCAUCAAGCGCGCGUGGCGGAGGUGGAGAAUUGGAAUGGCCUUCCUUGCUUCGAGAGAACUGGAUGGUAUGGAAGAAAAACACUUGUCUCAAGUUCCCCUUCCCAAGGGCUCUUUCCUGCUGCCGCAGACACAGACCAGCCCGCUGGCGGCAAUAAUCCGCCUCUGGCCCCUGGGACUGGUCCUAGCCAACGCGGCUGUGGGUGUCCGCGGCUUUCAGAGGAAGCUGGUGGUCUGGGCCUGCCUCCAGCUCCCCGUGGGGAGCCCCAGUAGCUACACGGCCCAGACGGCACAAGAACACGCUGGUGUCACAUCCAUCCGAGCGCUGCCUCAGGUAAGCUGUGUGGCGGGACAGCAGUCCUGCCCGCAACGGCUCUGGGCCCCUCACAUAUUGCAGAAGGCAGGAGUCAAAGCCCAUGAGUCCGCAGCAGGAACAGGACUGAGGCUCGGACAAGAGCUGUCCCGACCCUGGUCCCAAAGCCGGAAGCCUGAGCUUCCCACCUGGCUGCAGGUUUAGGUGGUUUCCAUCAUUACAACUCGGAAUUUUCCAGAGCCCUUUCACUUUUUAAAAACUGCCUCUGAGUGUUGUUCUGGCUUC